AUGAAGGACGCCAAACACUGCAACAGGUCGAAGACGGGCUCUCCUCCAUCAUCAGCAUAUCAGCACAACAACCAAGAUCUAUUCACCAUGCCAGAUACAUCACGCCCUGGAAUUGCGACCACGGUGGUCUGGGCUACGAUCCUUGCAUUACUCGGCGGCGCUGGACUGUCCGUAUGGGGCUCCCAGCUGGGAUAUGAUUACGACUACCGAUUCCCAGUCGGCCCCUCAGGGCGCCUCAUUCUGGUUUUUGAGGCUGUUCAGAUGGCCAUUCUUGGCUACUUUGUGGCGCAUAAGGUCCUUACAUGGUUCAAGCGGAGAUCUUAG